GCAGCAUAUACUUGUCUAUGAAGUUGCAAAAUCACUGCGGGACAAUGGAGCCUUCUGCCAAGAAAGCAAAAAUUCAACCAUCUUCUAAGAAAAUCAUCAUUCGUCUGUGUGAUGCAUUCAUUCGUACGGAUGGAAAUAUUAUUUGCCCGGUCAUUAAGGCAGAAAACUCCAUUCGGGUUUUGUACAAACUUGAAAAAGGAUCUUUACUAAAAAUUCUGCAGGAUGUUGGAAGGCAAAAUGAACUGAUUUAUCAAGACAUCGAGCUGAAGUCUGUCACUGAUAAUAGAAAGAUACAGGGCAAUCUGUUUAUUGAGUAUUUGGCUUCAAAGAGCAUCAACUUGGAACUGAAUAAAUACAAAGAAGAAUUAUUAUCUAAACUAACUGAGAUCUCUAAUGUAAAAGACAUUUUAAUUCAUAAUGUCGAAGACAAAAGCAAAAUGAUUCCACAGCCAAUCAUCUCAGACUCUGAUUUUGAAAUGCACAAAUUGGAAUUAUGCUCCAAACGCCUCUCUGAAAUGUCAGAGGAAUCUACAGCAAGACCCGAUCUGGUUAUCGCAGCAGAUAACAUCAAGUCUCAAUUAGAAGAUUUGAAAGACCACUACACCAGAUUUGCAAUACUUUCACAGAAUGGAAAAGGAAAGAGUUUCAUACUUAACCUACUUAUGCUGCUGACAGCUGACAACGAGGAUGAAUAUCGUGAAAAUAAUGCAAAUUUAAAACUACCGGAGGAUAUUCCACAAAAUACAACGUUGGAAAGUUUAUCUGAAAUUCAUUUAACUAAUCUUCCAGACGUGGUAAAAGGCUAUGUUAAAAGCAUUCUAGAGAAAAAGCAAGACACAAACCAAGACACAAACCAAGACUUCCAUACUGUAGUCACCCCUGUUUGUCAGCUGCUUAACUCUGAUUUAGAGACCGGUACCUCAUCAGCAUCGUUCUCAGAUAUAAGCAAAUAUUUUUCCGAAAAGAAAGGGCUUGAUAUAGAACCCUACAUUCUUCCUCAGAAAGCAAUGCUAGGAAGCUAUGAAUCUACUACAAAGUGCAUCAUUCACCUAAGGUAUGGCACUGUUUACCAAAUGAGAGUGGACUAUUUUGAAGAAAAAGAACUUCAAAAUCAACUUUUUGAGCUGGUGACAUUAAAUGAAAAAGAAACAUCAAGUGACAUGAAUGAAGACAUAAAAGAAAAAGCCAUUGAAUGUCUUAAGGCCAGAUUCGAAAUUCUAACUCAGCAAAACAUCUCAGAAAAUGCAGAGUUGCUGGAAAGUUUAAGCUCCCCUGAAGAUAUUAAGCUUUCUGAAGAAGUCCAGCAAUUCGCAGGAAAAACAGAGUUAUACUUUGGUAAAGGAAACAAUUCAGCACAGGACCGCCUGGCUUUGAAGGAUGUUCUUAAAACAUUUACACCUUCUCAAGAUGACAAUUUUGAGCAAUAUCAAAGAAAAAUUGCUGCCGUGAAGAAAAUUGUGGUCUAUCUGCCCAGCAAAAUAUUACAUGGUGGAAAAGAGAUUCUAGAAAUGCCAGGGACCGAUGAUUCUGAUCCAAUGGCUACGCAUUCUAUCAAGAAUGCCCUGGAAGAUGUGGAUGCUGUAAUCCUUAUUUCUGACUUUUCUUUCAAAAUUGUGGAAAAAGAAGUAAAAGAUAUGUUAACCGAAUCUACAUUUCUCUCAAAGUUUUUGAGUAACCCUAAUGACUACAAACUUAUGCUUCUUUCAUAUCCAGAAAAGAACCAAGGGUUCCAAUAUAGAAAAGAUAGUAGUCGUCAAAUAAUAAAACUGGAACAGGAGGAGCAGAAGAAAAGGAAAGAAGAAUUAAAAAUGAUGACCAAACUGAUAAGGAUGGACGCAAUAUCUGAAGACAUAGAAAGAAAUAUCAUUACUUCCUACAUACUACCUGUGCUGCACACGUCGAUCCUUUCGCAACCGGGACCAGAACAUGAAGUGCUCACCAAACACGAUAUUUUUUUACGCCGUACUGGAAUUCUCAAUCUCAUCAAUCUCAGUAAUGAAUAUGUUGCAUCAAAACACAGGUCUACCUAUGAUGACGUCUAUACUGAACUUUCUCGCUUUAAAGAUGAAAUAACUGAAGGGAUGACUGCAGAAGAUGCCAAGUGCAUACUAAAUUUGUUAAGCAACAAGGAGGUAAAAAAAAUCCGUGAACCAGAACUUACUCGUAAAAACGAACAUUUGUUGAUUGACCUCAAGAAAGAACUAGACAAUUUGCUAAACAUGUGGGUAACUAAAGAGGUAACUAAAAUGUUACAAGAAACCAUAGAACACGCAAAGGAAAAGUGGGAAAAAGAAAAGCAUAAAGUCACGUCCAUUUCACUUUAUAACCCAUACUUUUAUGGCAAAAAUCCUACAGCUAAGGUGCGCUUAUUCAAUGUUUUUUUUGAUUCGCCGGUAAAGGAGGAAAUAUUUUCUAUGAUUAAAGAUAAAAUUGAACUCUGUCUCCAGAAAUAUAAGGAGAAAACAAUUUUGCUGUUCACCGAAGAGUUAAAUAGCCUGUUGACAAUUGAAGAAAAGCCCACUGUGUCUUCAGAUUUCGUUGGAAAAAUCAUUAACAGCCAAUUGGACGAUGCCCUAAAGUGGUAUGAAGGUAAUAUAAAGCGCCCAUUCAAUAUAAAGACAAUGACAAAAAUGUUUCAAGAAAGCCAACGAAUCAGUCUGAAAGACAAAAUAUUGAUACCAAACUUUAAAAAAUGCUCGUUAGAAGAGGCAAAAUCUAAGGCAAAGAGAUCAAUGUCAACCUGCAUAUUAGGAGUGGCAAACUAUUUUUUUUACAGACUGUUAAAGCUGCAUAACUACAGAUGGAAAAGCCUGGAGUCCAAGCUUAAAAUGUCUAAUGGAACACCUAAGGCUUAUCAGCAACUGGUGCAGCGUAUCAAGCUACUGGCUAAAGAGAAGGAUGGACAGGACUAUAAGGAACAAGUGUCAGCACUGAGUGAAAUGAUGAAGGUGAAAUUCGAUUAAUCCUCUGGCAUUGCAGAAAAUCCAGCACCUUUCCUGUCGAAUAAUAUAGAAAGAUUAUAUUUGGGAGAAAUAUGUCAAAAAUAUUUUCUGACUUUUUCUUUUGCAAACAUUUUAGCAUUUCUCAAAAUAAUGCAACAAAUUUCUUUGUAUAGAACAUUUCCAUGGUGCAAAUAAUUAUAAUUUUGUGUAUGCAGUUAUUACUCUAAACUUACAUUGGUGUUAGUGCUUCCAAUAUAAUCAAUUAAUAAUAAUCAAUUUAUCAAUGAUCAAUUUGUAUCACGCUAUUGAAUUAAUUAGAAGUGAUGUAGUGACUGAGGUUCAAAAAGCAACAAAUAUAUAAUUUAGCGUUAUUCACUUCCAAGCUGUUGUUCCAAAAUGUAUGGGCCCAGGACGUAAUAUAUUACAUCCUCUGCUGCGAUAACUGAUCACGGAUAAUUGUAGCUUGAAGACCCAAUCAUACGCACAAUGCCUUUGGCAGCGAUCACUGCCUCUCUUCUUCACAAUAAUCAUGAGGCGGAGAAAAGUCAAGAAGAAAGCUGGAGUGAUCUGUUUUCUAUAAAUUUGUAUUUUUAGCUGCUUGAUCAACAGGCGUUGUAUAGAUCCCCUUUUUUUAUACCUAAAGGCUGAAUUUUGUAACACUUAAGGUAGGGAGGAUAAGUGAUAGAGGGGUAUAUCUUAGUGCUUUGGGCUAACAGUAAUAUAAAAAUAAACACAAAAAAAUGAAAAA